AUGUUUCAAGAACCAUGUGUAUUAGCUAUGAACGAUUGCUUGAAACGCAAUAUGAAACCACUGUAUAUCACAGAAGCACAAGUAUCAUUCGAUGAAACACAAAAAACUCAAAAUGUUAUUAUAAUUUCACCAGAAUUCCUAUUAGUUUAUGAUGAUACAGGAAAGAAAAUAGUAGAAUUAUAUAGUUGGGUCAAACUUCGUGCAGCAAAAUUGUUAGAAGACCAAGUUUUACAAAUCAAAUUCAAAAAUAAUAAAAUUCAAAUUGAAUCUAACAAUUUUGACAAUGUAAUUUACUUUAUUUCAGAUCAAAUACAAAAAUAUUGCUCAAAAAGCGAGCAAUACUCGAUGAAUUUUCACCCAGAAACUUAUAUAACGUCAUUUCCUACGAGAUUUUCAAUACUAAACAGAUUUAAAUAUCACAUAAAAAUAUCCAAAAUUUCAUUAGAUUCAAAAGUUUUUCAAUAUUUCGCGAAUUUCUUAGAUAAAAAUUCCGAAACACUUGAUUUCAUCAAAUUCCCCAAGUUGGAUAAGUACAUUUCUAGCUUAUGCUAUUGUAUACCAAUGAUAUCUCAUCUAUAUACUAUAAUUAUUGAUUCAAAACUCCCAAAAAAUAUAAUUCAACAUAUAGCAGGCGUUUUCAUGCAAUACACCAGUAUAAAAUCAAUACAAAUACGAGGAGAAUUAACAUCUGAAAUAUUAAAUCUCUUAAAAUCUAUAAAUCAAAAAUAUCAACCUCAAUUUGCAAAUUUAACAUUUAUAGAUUCGAAUAUGAUUGUUUCAAAUCUUAACAUACUAGAAGAACUAUCAAAUAGUACUAGUCUUACAUCUUUUGGAUUCAAUAAUGCACUUCAUUCUGGUUCUUAUCGAUUCUUCUCAACAAGUCUCUUCCAACCAUCAAUCUUGAAUAGUUUACGAAGUUUAAAUAUCUCAAAUAUGAAAGGAAUCAAUUUUGAACAACUUUUUCCAAAAUUAAAAUUUAUUGAAUCAUUAGCAUUAGAAAACGUUGAUUUAGAACUAACGGAUUUGUUUGAUUAUGCAGAAAAGUAUCUUGGAAGCAUUAAAUAUCUCAAUGUUUCAAGAAAUAAAUGUUCUAAGCAAUUUUCCGAACAAAAACUACCAAAUUCAUUAACAACAGUUAUUUCAGACUUUAUCAAGUUCAAUGACUUGUGUCUUUCGUCUUAUUUUUCAUUUUUGAUGGAAAAUUGCAAUUCAUUUUUAAAUUUAUCAAUAACUAAUAUAACUGCAACAGAAGAAGACUGGCAAAAACUAUAUAUAGCUUUACAGAAUCAGAGUUAUACUAAAUUAAAGUCUCUAAAAUGGGAUUUCAACAGUGUUGAUUCGAAAUUUUUCAAUUUCUUGAAGAACAACAAGAAUUUAACAGAAAUUUCACUCAAUAAUUGUUUCAAAGAGAAUAACCAACAGUCAAUCAGUUGUUUUGUUGACUUUCUCAAAAAUAUUUCAUUAAAUUCUGUUUCUCUUUGUAAUAACAUUUAUCUUGGAAAGAAUUUCAAUUCAAUAUUACAAUCAUUAAACAAGAUAAAUAUAGAAACAUUGCUGAUAUUGAAUUGUUCCGGAAUUGAUGAAAAUAUUUUAUUAAAUUUUGUAGAAAACAGCAAAUCACUGAAGAGGAUAGAGUUUGAUGGUAUUAAUCCAAAAGAUCAAACAGUUUAUUUGAAGAUAAUUGAUACAUUAUUGACGAAAAAUAUCGAUUUCAUUUAUCCGAAUUCUGACAUUUCAAAAUUCAAAGAAAAAAAUCCUAUUGAAACGGAAAUCAAAUUAAAAUACAUGCAGAUAUCCAAAGAAUAUAUAAAGCCUGUUAGUUUAACAUCAUUUCCUUUGUAUUUUGAUAAAAAGAAACCAGAAACAAAACAAAAAGAAAUGAAAUCAAGAAAUUUGUCAUUUUCUUUUUCUUCGGACAAAGAUCAAGAAAUAUUGAUGAAAACAAACGAAGAAGUGAUACAAACAGAAAUACCAGAAGAACCAUCAACACCUAAAAAGCGAAGAUUGGCUCAAUUACUAAGAGAUGCAAAGAAAAACAGAAAAACAAAGAAAGAUAAAAAAUACGAAAAUUCCGAAGAUUUCUUCAUUUCUAGAGUUGAUUCUCAAAUAGAAGGUCGAUUGCAAAAGAAAACAAAAGAUGUACAGUCUAGAGAGAUCAAGCCUGUUGUUGAUCAUUCGUUUGUUAAAGAACAUUCAUGGGAAUUUCCAUCAGAAAAAUUUGAAUUAAAUUUUGAUGAAAAAAUUUGGGAUGAAUUUGAAAAUGAAACAUCAGUAAUUGAACUAUAUAAAGAACUGAGCCUUGAAAAGAACACUGUUCCUCCAAGAGCAGGAAAUCUUCCAAAAACUCCCAAGAAAAUUUCACCAUUUUAA